AAUAUACUAUUACACCAAUAUAUGAUUUUACCGCCCACAAACAUGCAAUUGAAAUAUUGGACACGAAACUGUAACGACCACUAAUUUAGUUGGAAUCUCCGCCGUGUAAUCGCCGAAGCUACCCACAACACAACUACUACUUUCCUCACAUGGACACCUCAAAUUCAUCAUCCUUAAUCGAUCCAAACAGCGGAUUCUGUUCAAAAACAAAAACAUUCCACAGUCUCCGACAACCUCUCCAACUUCCUCUAGAAUCUUCACCUCUUUCAGUUGCUUACUUCGCACUUUCCCUCCAACAAAACACGUCCCCAUGGCCCGAAUCCACUGCCUUUAUCGACUCUUCCACAGGCCACGUCAUCACUUUCUCUGAUUUCCGACAACGUGUGCAUUCCUUAGCCUGUUCGCUUCAAAACAAACUCCGUCUUUCCAAAAAUGACGUGGCAUUUAUCCUCUCUCCUAAUUCAACUCACGUUCCGGUUCUCUACUUUUCGCUUCUCUUGCUUGGUGUUGUUAUCUCACCUGCUAAUCCUUUAAGUACAGAAUCUGAGCUUUUAAGGCAAAUUAAGUUAACGAAACCUGUAAUUGCGUUUGCUACUUCGAGAAACUUCCAGAAGGUUCCGACGUUGAAGUAUCCAACAGUUCUGAUUGAUUCACCGGAGUUCGAAUCAAUGAUAAUGAUGAAUAAAGGAGUGGAAUUUGAACAUGUGGAAGUGAAUCAAUCGGAUUUAGCGGCGAUUAUGUAUUCAUCGGGGACUACAGGGGAGGUAAAGGGAGUGAAGGCGAAUCACCGGAAUUUUGUUGCGAGUAUUGCGAAUUAUCAUGCUCAGAGAAGGGAGAGGAAGUCGCCUGCGGUGAUGUUGUAUACGGUACCGUUAUUUCAUGUGUUUGGUUUCCACUACGUUUUGAAAUCAGUAGCUUUGACGGAGACUGUAGUGGUGAUGGAGAGAUUUGAUUUGAAGAAAAUGUUGGAGGCGGUUGAGGAUUUUAAGGUGACUCAGUUAGUGGUGGCUCCACCAGUGGUGGUGGCGAUGGCUAAAGGAAGUGUUACACAUGGCUAUGAUUUGAGUUCAUUGGAAGCAGUUCGCAGCGGCGGCGCGCCACUUGGGAAAGAUGUAAUGCAAGCAUUUGCAGACAAGUUUCCCAAUGUCAUAUUAUUGCAAGGUUAUGGACUAACUGAGACAACCGGGACAGCAUUUCGAGCUGCGACUACUGAAGAAAUGCUUCAUCGGGGUUCUGUGGGAAGGCUACUGGCAAAUGCUGAAGCCAAAAUUGUAGAUCCAGACACUGGGAUUGCUCUGCGUCCUGGUGAGCAUGGAGAGCUCUGGAUUAAAGGUCCAACCAUUAUGCAAGGUUACGUGGGUGAUUCAAAGGCAACCUCUGAAACUCUGGUGUCGGGUAGGUGGUUGAGGACUGGUGAUCUUUGUUAUAUUGAUCACCAUGGUUACCUUUUUGUUGUAGACAGGCUGAAGGAGCUAAUCAAAUAUAAAGGAUACCAGGUUGCUCCUGCUGAACUAGAACAACUUCUUCAGUCUCACCCAAAAAUAGUAGAUGCUGCUGUCAUACCAUAUCCUGAUGAAGAAGCUGGCCAAUUGCCCAUGGCGUUUGUUGUAAGACGUCCCCAAAGCGCUCUUGACAAAGAACAAGUAAUUGGUUUUAUUUCAAAACAGGUUGCUCCAUAUAAGAAGAUAAGGCGUGUGGCAUUUGUCAGCUCAAUACCCAGAAACCCAUCCGGGAAGAUAUUGAGAAAAGAAUUAAAAAGGAUUCAUUUACCAGGAUCCAAGUUGUAAAAGGAUUCAUUUACCAGGACCUAAGUUGUAAUCAAGUUCCUUUCAAAUGAUUUUGCUUGUACAUUAGUUCAAUGCUGCAGUGCAGGAUUCUCCAAUUCAAAGAUGAAUUGUUCAUAUGAUUUAUGAGCAGCAUGUUGCCAAAAGUACAUUAAACAGUAAUCAAUGGUUCUACUUUCAUGCACGAAA